AUGCCGCCUAAAACUGUUGGAAAAGACAUGAAGAAGACUGGAAAAGCCCAGAGGAGCAUUAUCAAGGGUGGCAAGAAAGGAAGAAAGAAGGCCAGGAAGCAGACUUACGCUAUCUACAUCCACAAGGUGUUGAAACAGGUCCAUCCUGACACCGGUAUGUCCAUGAAGGCAAUGAGCAUCAUGAAUAGCUUCGUCAACGACAUCUUUGAACGCAUUGCUGCAGAAGCUUCAAGGCUUGUGCACUACAACAAACGCUCCACUAUCACUUCCCGGGAAAUUCAAACUGCUGUUCGUCUUCUGUUGCCCGGUGAGUUGGCCAAGCACGCUGUCAGUGAGGGAACCAAGGCUGUCACUAAAUACACCAGCUCUAAGUAA